AUGGAAUCCCCCAAUCCUCCCAGCACAGUCGUGCCCCUUGCAGUCAGCAGUAUCUUCAGUCGUCCGGGCCCUGUGUCUGGGAAUGGAGAGGGGGACUUCCAAAUUGCCCUCUUUGGCAAGUAUUUUCAAAAUUAUGUUGAUGAAUCAACCGUUUUUCCUGAUGGAACUGUUUGUUCUAGCUCGAAUGCUUCCGACUGUCAAUUAAUGAGUCAUCGCUGUCAGCCGUCAGCUGGAAACCUCCUGAGGAGCACUCCAACUUCCAUCACGAGUGUUACCAAUUCAUGCAGUUCACCCGCUCCUUCCGCUGUUAGCAGUCAUUCCAAUCGCCCCGGUGUACAUUCCAGACGAAUGAAUCGAGGAGUGCCGGUCAGCCUUCCGUGCCUAAAAUCGUCGCCCAUCCACUUAUACUAUCAAAAUGUGGGAGGCAUGAAUUCCUGUGCAAAUACCUAUCGUCUAGCUACCUCGGACUGCUGUUACGACAUCAUCGUAUUGACAGAAACAUGGCUAAAUGAGCAGACUCUAUCCAGCCAGGUGAUUUGCUCUGACUACGAGGUUCUCAGAUGUGAUCGUAGCCCUCUCAACAGCAACAAAUCCACCGGUGGCGGUGUUUUGCUCGCUCACCGGCUUACCCAUAAAGAUCAGGCUUACAUUUGCGAUAUCUGCAGUAGGAAGUUUACCGAAAACAGUAGUCUCACGCGACACAGACUUAUCCAUGCAGGUGAGAGAUCGCACAUAUGCGAUAUUUGUGGCAAAGAAUUCAUAACUAGUGUUAAACUCACUCGCCACAUGCGCAUGCAUACUGGCGAGCGUCCGUAUAAGCGUGAAAUCUGUGGCAAAGGCUACGUGGAAAGCAGCAGUUUGAAACGUCACCAGCGUGUACACAUCGAUAUGAAUCUUGCGAAUCAAAUAUUUAGUUGCGACAUCUGUGGUAGAAAAUUUCUUGAAUCUAAAGAACUUACGCAGCACAAACCUAUCCACAGCAAAGAUCGAGAAUUCAGAUGUGAAGUCUGGUGA